AGCGUUAUCGGCAGCUCGCAAUUUUCGAUAACAGUGUUAUUUAAGUUUCAUCGUACCAAACGAAAAAGUGGUGAUACUCUUAUCAGCAUUCAGUCUUUUUCAUCGUGACACAGCAGUACCGCGGUCAAAUCAAGCCGUCAAGACGACCAGUGCGUCUCAUUACAGCGAAGUAAACGAAAAGGUUCGGUUCAACAUAAGCUUCACAACAACUCUGUCCUUCAAAUAGCUGCUUUACGGCAAGUGGGAAGUAUAACUCCGCAAAUCUAAUACACUCCCUAAUGUGAGUUAAUCGGUGUGAUUGGGUUUUCUGAUUCGAUUGCGUCCCAUGUCACUGCUCAAUCUGCUCCCGCACCGUCUCUCCCAGCGCCUGACAGCACUCUACUUUACCGUUGCCAGUUUUAGUUUGCAGCGCCGACAGCAGAGCGUACAGACAACCGCGAUGGCGAGCAUGACGGUGAAGAAGAUACCGGCGCUGAAGGAUAACUUCAUGUACCUGGUGGUGUGCAACGCGACGCGCCGAGCCGCCGUGGUGGACCCAGUCGAGCCGGACCGUGUGCUGGAGGUGGUAAAGGAGGAAGGUGUCCAACUGAACCAGGUGCUCACGACGCACCACCACUGGGACCAUGCCGGGGGCAACGAGGCACUGUACCAGCGCUUCCGGGAGAACGCGGACUGGGGCGAGCUGCGCGUGUACGGCGGUGACGACGCCCGUAUCGACCGGCUAUCGCACCGGGUCAAGCAGGACGAUACGUUCGAAAUCGGGCAGCUGCGGGUGCGCUGCCUGUCGACGCCGUGCCACACCACGUCCCACAUUUGCUACUAUGUCGAAUCGGACCAGGACCGGGCCGUCUUCACCGGCGACACACUUUUUCUGGCCGGUUGCGGUCGCUUUUUCGAGGGCACCCCGCAGCAGAUGCACGACGCACUGAUCGGCCAGCUGUCCAGCCUGCCGGACGAUACGCACGUCUACUGUGGCCACGAGUACGCGCUGCAGAACCUGCGCUUCUGCAACAUGGUGGAGCCGUCGAACGAGGAUACCCGGGCACUGCUCGAACGAACGCAGGCAGCCGACCUCGAAGGUCGCCGGGCGCUGGUGCCAUCCACCAUCGGACAGGAGAAGCGCAUCAACGUAUUCAUGCGCGCCCGUGAGCCAACGGUGCAAGCGUUCGUCGGCAAGACCAACUCCCUCGACACGAUGCAAGCCCUGCGUGCCGCGAAGGACAAAUUUUAACCCGCCUUCCGAACCGUAACAACACAUUUUCCAUGUGUGCAUUUUAAUUGUAGCCAUAUUGGAAGCACGUCGAUGAAAUUCGAUGUUGGUGUAAGCAUUUUUAAAAUACACGA